UCAUUCACUCCGACUAUGACUGAGGCCGAGCUGUACACCUUGUAUAAAGGCAUUUAUCUGCCUUUGUCUCUGAACCCUCCUCAGAGCGAGGACUUCACUUUCCAACCUGAUGAUAUUAUCAUUGCAACGUAUCCCAAGUCAGGUACGACCUGGAUGCAGGAGAUCGCCCCUCUGAUCAUGAGUGGAGGAGAUCCAGCUUCCGUUGAGACUCUUCCUAACUGGGACCGUGUUCCCUGGCUGGAGGUGCGCCGGGCCUCCAACCUGUACCUGUCAAAGAGGCCGUCUCCUCGCAUGUUUGCUACACACUUCCACUACAACAUGAUGCCACGGGGCUUCUUUGAAGUAAAGCCAAAGGUCAUCUACGUCAUGAGGAACCCCAAAGAUGUGUUUACAUCUUCCUUUCAUUAUUAUGGGAUGUCCUCCUUCCUGGUGGACCCAGGCCCACAGAGCGACUUCCUCCACAAGUUCCUGGACGGAAAAGUUGCCUUUGGCUCGUGGUUCGAUCAUGUGAAGGGUUGGCUGAACGCUGAGGAUAAAGACAGAAUCAUGUACAUCUGCUAUGAAGAGAUGAUCGUGGACCUGAAGGACUCUGUGUCCAGACUCGCUCAGUUCCUGGAGAAACCUCUGGACUCUGAGGUGAUAGAGAAGAUAGCAGAGCGCUGUUUGUUCAAGAACAUGAAGCAGAACAACAUGUCAAACUACUCUGCUGUUCCUCCCGAAUUCAUGGACCAGACCAAGUCUGAGUUCCUCAGGAAAGGAAUCGCUGGAGAUUGGAAAAACCAGCUGACAGCGUCAGAGGCGGAGCACUUUGAUACAGUCUACAAAGACAAAAUGAAGGAUGUCAAGUUUAAAUUUGUCUGGGAUUAAAAUAAACUUAAUGAACGUA